GCCCGGCCCGGCCCCCGCCGCCUUUCGGUUUCUCUCUUCCAGGAAGGAAAACCGGCGGGGAGCGGGGCCGUGCCGGCACCGCCCGCCCCUCCCCCUGCGUCCCGUCCCCCCCUCCUCGCCGCUUCCCUCGCAGCGCGCGCGCGCACGCAUCGGCUCACACCCGGGGCUCACGGGGGCAGAGCGCGCGCACGCACACACACACGCACACACACACACGCACACACACACACACACGCAAACACACACACGGCGCCACAGGCGCGCGCGGAGCGGCGCAGCGGGGCGGGAGCGAUCGCCCGCCUUCGGAGGAGCGGCGGCGGCGCUGAGGAGGGGACUCCGGCGGCGGGGCGCCUCCCCCGGGCAGCUCCGCCGCGCCGCGCCCGCCGCCGGGCGAUGGUGGCGGCAGUAACUUCCCCUUGAGGGGCCGGGCCGGGGCCGGGCCGCCGGGAGAGGAGCGGAAAGUGGGGAAAGCCCGAGAACUUCCCGUCCGCCCGCGCCCGCCCCGCCGGGCUUCGCCGUUUCCCUCCUGAGAGAUGUCUGAGGCUCCUGCUCAGUGUUGCAUCAAGCAGGAAAGAAUUUCGUACACACCUCCAGUGAGCCCGGUACCAAAUUACACUUCGUCACCACUACAUGUCCCAGUGCCUCGAGCGAUCAGGAUGGAGGAAGACACGAUCAGACUGCCGGCACACCUGCGUUUGCAGCCCAUUUACUGGAGCAGGGAAGAUGUGGCACAGUGGCUCAGGUGGGCGGAGAAAGAGUUUUCCUUGAGGCCGAUUGAGAGCAACACUUUUGAGAUGAACGGCAAGGCUCUGCUGCUCCUGACCAAAGAGGACUUUCGAUACAGGUCUCCUCAUUCAGGUGAUGUUUUAUAUGAACUCCUUCAGCAUAUCCUGAAGCAGAGGAAAGCUCGUAUGCUCUUCACACCUUUCUUCCACCCUGGGAACUCUAUCCAUGCUCAGCCAGAGGUCAUAUUACACCAGAAUCAUGAUGAAGAUACUUUUGUCCAGAGACCUUCAAGACCAUCCACAGAAACAGUCCACCACAACCCCCCAACCAUUGAACUGUUGCAUCGUUCUAGAUCACCCAUCACCAACAACCACCGUCCAUCACCAGAUCCCGAUCAGCGGCCACUGAAGUCCCCUAUGGACAACACUAUCCGUCGCCUCUCCCCAGCUGACAGGGUGCCAGGGACAAGGCAUCAGCAAGAGAACAACCACCAGGAGCCCUAUCCUCUCUCAGUGUCCCCGAUAGAAAACAACCACUGCCCGCCUCCUUCCGAGGUGCUCCAGAAGCCCUCCAGCCCUCGCCAGGAGAAUACCAGGGUCAUCCAGCUGAUGCCCAGCCCUAUCAUGCAUCCUUUGAUACUGAACCCCAGGCACUCCGAUUUCAAACCACCAAGGUUGUCUGAGGAUGGGCUGCACAGGGAGGUAAAGCCAAUCAACCUGUCCCACCGAGAAGAGUUAGCAUAUAUGAACCACAUCAUGGUGUCUGUAUCCCCUCCUGAGGACCAUGCAAUGCCAAUUGGAAGAAUAGCAGACUGUAGGUUGCUUUGGGAUUAUGUUUAUCAGCUGCUUUCUGACAGCCGGUACGAAAAUUUCAUCCGAUGGGAAGAUAAGGAAUCCAAAAUAUUUCGGAUAGUGGAUCCCAACGGGCUGGCCCGGCUGUGGGGAAACCACAAGAACAGAACAAAUAUGACUUACGAGAAAAUGUCCAGAGCCCUACGCCACUACUACAAACUAAAUAUUAUCCGGAAGGAGCCAGGACAAAGGCUUUUGUUCAGGUUCAUGAAGACCCCAGAUGAGAUUAUGAGUGGCCGAACAGACCGCCUCGAGCACCUUGAAUCCCAGGAACUGGAUGAACAAAUAUACCAAGAAGAUGAGUGCUGAAGGGAACUGGUACUCCGCCUCUGUGGGUCCAUGGGAGAAACAUCUGCCCAGGUGGCUGGCACAGUUUGGGACAACACAGAAGCAGUACUUGGGGUCGCCGCUUAGCUUGAAGACCACGCAGGACCUGAAGCACCUUAACAAAACAAACUAACAGGCAGAAGUGGUGCUGGCAGAAAAGUAAACGGGAGGAAGCCUGGACUUAUGCACUACUUCACUGUUCCUACAAAGUCUCCCCUGAGUUCCUUCUUUCUUUUUGGUUUGUUUCAGUUUUGGGGUUUUUUUUUUUGUUGUUUUUUUUCCCUAAUAAACAUGCAGUUUGACUUUCCUUAUCUCACGUA